AUGGAUAAGUUCUAUGUGGACCCCAUAGCGAGCGGAGGAAAGUUCCGUUUGCUAGAGCAGUCGGAUCUGCCUACCCCCGACCCGGAUCUUCAGUUCAAAAUAGUCAUUGUGGGUGACUCUGGCUGCGGAAAGACUUCGUUGUUGUCGUCGUAUAUCCGAGGCAGUUUUCCAACAGAGUAUGAACCAACCAUCUUCGAGAACCACCGUGCAUUUCUACAGGACAGCACAAAACAACACAUACUCACGGUGGAUCUCUGGGAUACGGCUGGUCAGGAGGACUAUGAGAGACUCAGAAGAUUGAGCUACCAGGACUCUAAUUUGAUCAUUUUGGCGUAUUCUUUAGCCGCAAAGGACUCGCUUUUGAACAUCCCAGAGGUGUGGGCUCCUGAGAUCCUUGGGUUCUGCGACAAGACCCCAAUUGUGCUUGUAGGCCUCAAAUCGGACGUCGCUAAAAAACAGGUUACCCCAGCAGAGGCGUACAACGUUGCUAAAAGCAUUGGUGCUGUCGCACACAUUGAGUGCUCGGCCAAACAGAUGUACAACGUGGACCAACUGUUCAACUCGUGUGUCAACGUUGUGUACAACAAACACCAAGCCGCGUCCAGAGAAACUGCAAGAGACUCCAAGCGAUUCAGCAAGGGCCAUUUCAGAGGCGCUAGCGCGGUUCACGCAGCACCCUCCAUGUCUUCCAAGGACUCUCGUGACGAUUCAUGUUGUACCAUAGUGUAA